CUGUAAACAAGCUGCUGCGAUUGCGGGUGUGAACUCUAACUCCCAGCAUGCUCUGCGCGUCUCGCAGCUCUCGCUCAGAUUCGGACAUUCGAUGAACCGUGUCGAUUAACGCCGUGUUUGUUUGUAAAGGCGGCUGUUGGUCGCAGUGGAGACGCGGUGAAACGGUGUUUAAAUAGACGGCAGGUGAUGGGGUGUAGCCCCGCCCCCCUCCUCGGCACCGUAAACGUUAUUUAUGAAUGCCUCCCGCUCACGGGCGUGUGCACGUAAACUCAUUAUUGGGUGUUAAUGGUUCCGACCCGGUGGACGACAGGCCGGUUCCGGACGCUGCGGUGCCCGCUGUGUGCGCCUGAUUGCGGACUUUAAUUCCUCGUGGUGGGUUUGGUGCUGACAGCGGCGGCGGGCGGUGCUCUUUAAUAAUACUGGGUCAACACACCGAGGACCGUCUGCCAGCCACCGGAGCUUCGCCCCGACUCCUCCGGAGGUGCUGCCCGAGAAGGUGUGUUGCCAGUGGCAACAGCUGAUUGACGAUGGCCUUGUGAGAGUGGGCAGCUUUACCUGGCCCUGAGGUAAGGAGGAGGAGUCUCAGCCCUUGGCCCCUCCCCUCUUAGCUCCCGAACUGCCGACACCCGAUCUGUUGUGGCUCUCCCUUUCCUCCUCCGCUCCUUCCUCCCUGCUCCCCCUUUCAUCCCCCACACCCUUGGCCCCGCCCCCUGUCACCAUGCUGUGGUCACGCUGCUGUAGGACAGCCUGAGGAAGCAGACUCUGGAAGGUGACCCCGCUCCGCCAGGGGACUUCUACCUGUCCCUGCUGGACCCAAAACCCCUCCCAGAGUGCUGGCCCCCAGAUGGCUUGAUGCCUGAGAGCAGCUACUGGCAGCUCUGCCCUCCCUCCAAGUCCGGCCUGCAGGGGGGGUUGCUGAGCUCUAGUUUCCCCCCCGGUCCUGUGCCCCUGGUGCCCCCAGAUGCUCACCUGCAGGAGGGGGGUGACCCCCUGGACACGCCCCCAUCUCAUCCCCCACUGCAGCAGCACCGGCCACUGGCGCCGAGCUCCUCAGCGUCCGAGCUUUCCCUCCCUGGAGCACCGGCGGUGCCCCCCGGUGGCCCCGGACUCCCCCCUCCACCUCCUCCGCCCCCCAAGCGGCACUGCCGUUCGCUGUCGGUGCCCGAGGACCUGUCACGCUGCCGCUACACCUGGCGGCCCAGCGCCUCGCGGGUCUGGACCCCCGUCAGUCGGCAGCAGUGCCACGGAGCGGUGGGGGGAGGGGUCACGGGGGCAGGCGGGGUGGGGGUUGUGGGGGGAGGAGCCUGUCCUCUCCGCGCCCCCAGCUCCUCCCUGAACUCGUCGCUGCACUCCUCGUCCAGCCCCACCUUCUUCAGCCUGGCGCUGUCUCCGGACUCGCCGCUACCCUGGAGCUUCCCCUGGGACCCCAGCGAGGCGGCGGCGGCGGGAGGAGGAGCCUGCUGCUGCUUCUUCCCCUCCCCCUCCUCCUGCUCGUCCUCCCCCUCCCCCCUGCACCCGCCUCCCCCUCCUCAGAGGCGUUUCUCCCUCUCCCCCGUGCUUAUCAGAGACUCUGCGGCCUCCACCUUCUUGCCGCCGCCGCCAGCGGCCCCGAGCCAGACGCGGCCGCGCCCACCGAGCUGCUCGGCCACGGCGGCAGGCGUCCUGGUUCCCGUCUCGCCGUCCUCGGCCUGCAGCACGCCGUCGUCUCUGAGGCGCUGUCUGCCGCCGCAGCUGCCUCGCUGCCACUCGCAGCCCUGCGACCUGCUGCUCCUCAAACCGGGUCUGAAGAGGAGGCGGGACCCCGACAGGCCGUGUGCCCGCCCCGUCCUGGACUUCACCAAGAUGACCCAGACCCGCAGCAUGGACCCCCAGGCCCUGGAGCGUGGGGGCCGGCCCCCCUGUGGAGGAGACGUGCUCAUGGACUCCUUCAUGGGUGACUUCCGGAGCUCGUGCUCUCCGGCCGAGUGUCUCGGGCGGACAAGCAUCGGGCCGCUGAGCGAGAGCGACGAGGAAUGCCGCGAGGACGAGGAGGACGGCGAGGAGGAGGACGGCGAGGAGGCCGAGGCGCCCGAGCGCGAGGCAGCGCAACAGGCAGUGUUUGAGAGGGACUGUACAGAACUGGACUUGAACUUGAUAGAGGAGAACUGAGGUCGUUCUCCGUUGUUUCAUUCGGUUUUUGGAUUGAUCUGAAGCCCCGCCCCUCCGCCUCCUUGCCACCAAUCAGCACGGCUCUCAGGAACAACACCUCCUCUCAGCUGCUGAGUCGCGCUGACGACCGCGAUGAUGCGACUGCCGACGGUGAAGACCGGACGUGACGUCAUCGUCGCCGAGCUAGCUCCAGGCUAACGCACCAGGUAGCUGAGGGUCGGCCGUGACGUUCUGACCAGGCCGCCGCGUCGCCAACCUGACACGCCGUCGCCACAGCAACCACAGAUCCAUAAGUACAGAUACAGACUCUUUGAUGUUUGAUAACCGGGUCGACAAGGAUCCACAAUAUAUUAUAAUAAUCAUUAAAACUGCUCUGAACUCAGUAAAACAUCAAAAAUAAUGAACGUUACACUUUUCAAAAGUUGUUUUAGGUUUUUUUAUUGAUGAAUAAGUCUUUUUUUAUAUUUAAUGCUGUAUAACGUUCGUUAGGAAGUGAAACAGAUCACAAUUCAUCUCUAAAAUCUAUUUCAUAUUUACAAUAAUCCGUUUGGAUCAAUAUCGCUAUUAAUAAUUCAGCAUCUCAGGUGUGUUUCAUCGUCCAGGAUAAUCGGCCCUUUAACAACAGGAAGUAGAACCAAUAAUUCACUUCCUUACACAUCGAUAAACAGUGACGUCGGCGAUGCGUUCAGGUUGGCUGCGUCGUCCUGUCAGACUGAACUGAGGGCAGGAAGCGUGGGUGCGAACUCCUGGUGGUCAUGUGACUCCAGAUUGAAUCAAGAAUGUUUAUUUAUUUAUUUAUUUAGUCACAAAACAUCCCCAAGUGUGAACAGAAGAAGAGGAAGAGAUGGGGAGGCUUUUCGUCACACCUCACAGGAAACCUUUUAAAAAGCUUUUAUUUUGAAAUGGCAGAAGGAAAUGCCCCUGUGAUGAAGUCCAGGUGAAUUUGGUGUAAACAUCGAUCAGCUGAUCAGUGUCACACAUUGACUGCGUUUAUUCUUCUUCUAUGGAUUUACUCUGGACGCUGAAGCUCCACACGACCGCCAGGUGAGAAUUAGACGUCCAAUGACAAAUGUUUAAAUGUUAUUUUAUGUGAUUUCUAUUUAUUUAUAAAAAACCCAUUUUGGCUGCUUUAAAGUCACUGAAAGAAGUUCCAAUCUUCAGAGGUGAAUGUUUGGUGAUGCGUUCAGGGACACUUUGACACGUGAGAGUUUCAGCUGCCGAUAAAACAUUGCGUUAGCGACAAACCCGAGGGACAAUCAACAAUCAACAACACCCUUAAUAACAAGAAACCUUCAGAGCUCUGACGUCCAAAUGUCCAUGAACGCAUCAAAGGUUACUUCUGACUCAUUGAAAUCCGCCUCGAAGCCUAAUGGUGCGUUCACACCAAAAGAGAGGGAAACUAUUUGCGCGAGUAGAUUCCAUGUAAAGUCAACGCAUGAGGCGAAAGACGCCCGACGCUGUCUAUCGACAGCCAAUCAGCGUUGAGAUGCUCCGCUCGUCAUCACCGACGUGCUGCCACCGCGUGAAUACACGUUAUUACACGGCCGCUCACCGGAGACUCACACACACACACACACACACACACACACACACACACAGCUGAGACUGAACGCCUGUACGAUCCGACACAACAGGUCAUCAGACCGGCUGCUGGUCCGCCUGAAGCAGCCUGGAAGCCGCAGUCAUCCAGACGCGCUUCCUGGAGGAGUCGGUGACAUUCCAGCUGUGAGACAUCGGAAACGAUAACUGUCUCUACGGAGACACGUGACGGAGAUAAGUCACGCGUGUGGUGUGAACGGACCAUAGCUUUGAUGACAUCCUCCCUCUUAAAGGAACAGUGCAGUGUUUUAGAAAAGCAGAGAGGCGUUCAGGUGCACCCCGCUCAUGUGUGGAGGCUGGAGUCGUUGUUAGCCUAGCUUAGCAUAAAGACUUCAGGACCUUUGGGUGUCGAGCUCUAUUUUUGUUCAUCCUAAAUGGUGAACUGAGAUAACAGCUAGCUACUUGUUAGCUUGCUAGCUUGACCUACAACAAUAAAAGGGACAAAAACAAUAACGUUUAAUAAAGGAACUGGAAAUGUCCCUGUAACGCACAUGCACGCAGGCGCGCACACUCUCCCCCCCCGUGUGAUUCUAUUGAUCUGUAUCAUAAAACAUAAGUGGACAUAUUCCAUAUGAGUGCUAAAAGAGGAGGAGCUAGUAGCGUAUCGGUUGACCUUUGACCUCUUAGCCCCUCUGCUUACUUUCUGAUGUUCCUUCAUAUUUCUCAUCUGGUUAAGAGGGCGUGUACAGAGACUCUGGUCUUUUAGAAAUGUUUUUUAUUGUAUGUGAUGAAAAAAAAAGAACUGACGACAUGGCAAUUUGAAAAAUCAGUUUGUGAAUAAAUUAAGUUUAUUGAGAAAUAUUUUACAAACAAAGAGGA